CUUUCCGACCAAUCAAAAUCGAAUCGUUGCGUUUCCGAAAUACAUACCGGCAAUUAUGUCAGGUUGGCGAUGCGUUUUCACAGAAAUUUCCCUAUGUUAAAUAACUUCCGAUUUCCUAACCUCUGCAAAGCUCCAAUUUGAUUUUUCCACGUGAAGAUAUAUAAAAUGAUACAUAAUACAUUGUGAAUGCUCCGAUAAAAAGAAUCGUGUAAGGAAAGAUGACCAGAUAUGCAAGAGCAAAAGGAUCCAAAGCUUCAAACGAAAGAUUACCGAACGAGGCUACGCCAUGGCAUGUAAUGAAACAGCAGUUAGAGGAGAGCAAAAGCAAGGGGCCUGUGGGACAGAAAAAAUCAGCGAAGGAAUUAUUGAGAGAUAAAGAAGAAGCGUUCAGUAGUAGUAACACUAAUGAAAACGCUCAGGAAUGGGCGGAAUUUGAAGAUAACAGAUCCAAGUCUAACACAGGAAAGAAACAUAAGAAUUCAAAUUCGAAGAAAAAUCUUGCAAAAAAUUUGGAAAAUGACACAGCAUCCGAAAGUAGUGUGAAAAAAUCACAAAAAGCGGGAGAUGCGAAAAUUGAGACAACGGAUAGGAAGACAACUAAAUUGUCUAACAAAAAGAAACGAGACGUUAAUAAUACAAAUUUGGUAUCCGGUGAAAAAGAAUUGAGCACACCACAAGAUACGCAAUCGAAUUACGUUGUGCUGAGCAAACGACAGAAGCGAAAUCAGAAGAGGAAGUUAGAAAUGUCUAACGAUGGGUCUAAGAGAUUCAAGAAGGAUACGGGCAAAAAUGACAAUACGCACACGAGGGAGGAAAAGAUGAAGAGAAAGGGAGAAUACAAAAGGAGAAAGCCAGAUGCCGGUGUCACGAAAGUGACAAUCAACGGUGUGGAAACCGAAAUUGUCAUGUUUGAUAGAUUCCCCGUUAAAAAAGAAGAUGCGGAGAGAUUGACGGAACUUAAACAGAAAAUGCUGAUGAAGGGUAUACCAAAAUCAGAAGUGGACAUGGCGAUGAAGCUGGAGAGACGCAAGGCUGAGAAAGCCUUGGCGCGCAUCAGGAAACUCGUCUGCUUCAAUUGUCGCAAGUCUGGACACAAUCUGUCGGAUUGUCCCGAGCUCGAUCGCAACGAGACUUGCACGGGCAUCUGUUUCAAGUGCGGUUCAACGGAGCACACUCACUUUGAGUGCAAAGUCACCAAGGAUUCCACCUAUCGAUACGCCAAAUGUUUCAUCUGCCGCGAGCAGGGUCACAUCGCCAAUCAAUGCCCCGAUAAUCCCAAAGGAGUUUACCCUCACGGUGGUUGCUGCAAGGUUUGCGGAGAUGUAACACACUUGAAGAAGGAUUGUCCCGAUUUGGUGAAUGCCAAGGAAGAAAGCGCCGUUACAGUGGAAAAAAUGGACGAUUCCGCCGUGGAAUCUUUGCAGGAAGAUACAAAAGUGAAACGCGAAAGUAAUAAACCACAAAAAAAUAAGAUCAUUAAAUUUUAGCUGUAUUUAAUAAUAUGAGCUUGUAUUAUAUCUUAAUGUUAUUUUUUUAUUGGUAAAAUGAAUUACACCUGCCAGAAAAAUGCA